CCUGAUGACGAUAUUCCGGUUUGUGUUUACAUCAUAAGAAAGCAACACAUAACCACACUCACUAUAAACACCUCGCUGUGACGGUUAAAUUACAUGUCACCCAUCGUUUAUCCAUCCUCUGUGUAACAAAAAAAAAGCAUUUCUUCCUUCCAGUGAGCCACGUCGCGUGUCGUGUUUCCGUGAAGCUCCUCAUGCAAUGACUACAAACUAUCAGCUAACAGCGAGCUAAGCUACCGAAACUCGUCCAGACAUUACCUAGUUAUUUCCUGCUCAGUGUCCGCCACCUCAGAGUGAAGUCUCACAUGGUGGUCAGUUCAGUUUAAUGGGGAACUGCCUCUUUUCACAAGGUGCGGAUGACCUGUCGCUGCUGAACGAGUCUGAGGGGGGCAGUCUGCCCGGGGAGCCUCCGCCGCCCUACCAGGAGCGCACCCAGCAUGUGCCAGUGUACCAUCCUAACCCAGGGGAGAGUCGUUCUGCUUACCAGCUGACCGAGGAGGAGCAGGUCCGCAUCGCCCAGCGCAUCGGUCUGAUCCAUCACCUGCCUAAAGGCAUCUUCAACCCGGGCUCUGAUCCCUCUGACAAGAAAGUUAAAGAGUGUGUGAUCUGCAUGAUGGAUUUUGAGUAUGGCGAUCCCAUCCGGUUCUUACCCUGCCUUCACAUCUACCACGUGGAUUGCAUCGACCCGUGGCUGAUGCGCUCCUUCACCUGCCCUUCCUGCAUGGAGCCGGUAGAUGCAGCCCUGCUGUCCUCGUACGAAACCAACUGAGCCGCCCAAUGCUGGCCGCUCCUGCCUGAAAGUAACUGCACCUUUUUAGCCGACACUGUCCUAGCUGUUCAAACAGGUAGCCACGGUGAUGUGACAUUAUCCAGAUGUCUAGAGGGUGUUUUAGAUGCAGACAACUGUAGAAAACUGUGCCAUACAGUACAUUGCUUAAGUCUGAUAUGCACCUUUUCGGGCUUUGGAAAAUCUUUGCCUUUUACAGUAGGACAAUGUGCCAAAUUAAGCUAGAUUAAGAAUAUGUAGCAUAAUAUUACUACUAAGUAAUUUCACUUUUUUAUGAUAUUCUAUUUUAAUUUGGGAUUACGAUUGUUAUUGAGUGCAUGCCACCUAUUGACUUCCCCCUUUCUAGAUGUAAUGUGCAAUAUGUUGUAUCAAUAGAGAAAAAUGCAGGAAAUCUCUCUUUGAUCCACUGAAGGAACUGUGAUUUUCAGCAAACAUGUGGCCUUGAAUGUCACGAAAACAAAGGCCUCUUUUUCUGAUAUGCAAUCAUCAAAACCCAGAAGAAAAAAAAUGUCUUAACAAAAUUAUGCUAUGAGGUCCCAAGACUAUAUGUCUACAGUGCCAAGAUAUAGGAUGUUCUCCUUUUGGUUUGAAGUUGUUUGAAGAUUGAAUCUAUUUUAUUUAACUAGAGUCUGGUGGUUGGUACUGUAGUUUUUCCUUUGAAGCUGCUUUUAUAAAAUGAGCAUGUGUUUUUUGCCUUCCUACAAUAUGGACCCUUCCCUUUGCUUCCUCGAGUUCGUGCUGCAUUUUCUUUAAGAAAUAAGUGUGUCCUUUUCAUUGUUUACUGUCAUGACAUUUACAAAGAAAGAAAUGCUGUACAAUCCCUCUUAGAGCACAUUGGGAUUCUCUUCAUCCGGCUCUCUGUAGCUCGUAGAUUUCAUAGAGGAUUGUUGAGUGUUUUAAUAUGUGUGUUUUUACGAAGAGUGUGGGUAGAGAUUGGCAGAUGGAGGUAAUAUUGUGAUUUCUUUUUCUUUUUCUUUAGAGCUGUUAGGUUUUUAAUGACCUUCUUUAUUACCAGAGCUCUCUGGUGUGGUCUUUGGUAUUAGACGUGUACUACCUGAUACUGAAAACAUAAUUAAUAGCACAAACAAUGAAUGUAAAGCAUUUUUUCAGCUUUUCAACAUUUAGACAAAAAGAGGACAUUUCUGAUUUACUCAGGCUGCUGUGCCUUUUUUAAGGUUGAGGUAAGCCAAUUCCUGUGAAGUACAAUCAUUUCUGACAUGACCUUCGUUAUCCUCCAGGGGAAAACACACACCAGCACUGUUCUGAUUUGUGUCACAAUGAAUUAGGCCAGAAAUAAAGUCAGACAUUGGCUCUGGCUGCUGUUACCAAUCAGUUUGUGUUUUAAUUUAUAAUGUUUGCCCUGAUGAGAAGAUUUUAGGAAAUUCAUGAAACCACAAUAAAAGUGGAAACCAAAUUGUACAAAACAAUAA